AUGACUACAACAGUGCCCCCACCCCCAGCUGCUAUUAGCCCCAAAGAGAAGGUCCCACUGAUGACAUGUGUCUCCAUCGUACACCAUGCGAAAACCGCAUGCUCAAUCGGGCCGCCAGAGUGGACCUCGACACACUUGAGGCUCUGCAAGUCGUUCAGUCGUCCCACCUUCUUGCUGCUUCUGCUCUUGUUUCCAGACCUGCCUGAAGCAGCUGCUCAUAACUUGAAACCAUCCCUGCCCCCAAUUGUAGGAGACAGCCCUUUCAUAGUGGCCUGGAAUGCGCCAACAGCUCGAUGCUCAGCUGUUUACGAAGUACCCCUCAACUUGGACUCCUACGGCAUCCUAGUGAAUUCCCAGGAAGCCUUCAUGGGCGGAAAUGUCACCAUCUUCUACUAUGACCAACUGGGCUUGUAUCCUUAUUACUUAAACACAACAGUGCCGCCCACUGCUGUCAAUGGGGGCUGCCCACAGAACACUAGCCUGACAAAACACUUAGAGAAGAUUAAAAGGGACAUUGCUGUGGCCAUGCCCUCGGACUCCUUUAGAGGCCUUUCUGUGAUUGACUGGGAGAACUGGAGGCCCCAGUGGAUACGGAAUUGGGAUAAGAAAAAUGUCUACCGGAACAUGUCCCUCCAUCUUGUAAGACAAAGGAACCCCCAUUUGUCGGAUAGCCAGGUGGAAAUACAGGCCAAGUGGGAAUUUGAGACAUAUGCAGAGAAAUUCAUGUCCGACACUCUCCGGUUAGCCCAGUCUCUGCGUCCCUAUGGCUGGUGGGGCUACUACCUCUUCCCGGAGUGCUAUAACUAUCACUAUUUGGAUGACUUUGAGAAUUUCACGGGGCACUGCCCCCAACUGGAGGUGCAGCGCAACAAUGAGUUGAUGUGGCUUUGGGAGAACAGCAAGGCCCUCUACCCUUCGAUCUACAUAGAGGAGGUGCUGAGAACUUCCCCACAAGGGAAGAAGUUUGUGUGGGCCAAACUGGGUGAAGCCCUGAGAGUGGCUGAGUUGCCUUCUGCCCAACAUUCCCUGCCAGUCUUUGUGUAUGCCAGGCCUUUCUACACCUACACAAUGAAGGAGUUGACCCAGACAGAUUUGGUGUACACCAUCGGACAGGCUGCAGCCAUGGGAGCUCACGGCAUCGUACUCUGGGGAGAAGCAGACUAUUCUCGCAACCGGACCCACUGCUUAAAGGUUCAGGACUACCUGGUCAGCACCUUAGGCCCUUACAUUGUUAAUGUGACUAUGGCCACCAAACUUUGCAGCCAAAUUGCCUGCCAUAACCACGGCCGCUGCAUUCGCCAAAGGAUGGACGCUGACACCUAUUUGCACCUCAGUCCCAACUCCUUCGAGAUCCGAACGAACAUACGUGGCAAUCAAACUGAAGUGUCUGUAACGGGGACCCUGAGCCGUCAGCAGAGGGACCAGAUGAGACGGGAGUUCAGGUGUCACUGCUACCAGGGCUGGAACGGAGAAAGCUGCAGCUUCCAGGGCCGGAAUCGAGGCCUGAGGGUGCGGACAUGCAACUGGUGCCUUCCUGGAGUCGUUCUGUCUGCCCUGUGGGUGUGGUGGUUAUGAGCUGUUUGGAGCAACAGUUGGGAAUUUGAAUUUUGUGAA